CAGUAAGGAUAUCGACUAUUCUGUUUUAUUGUUGAUUCUUUUCUAAGGAUCGUACUUGUGAGAUUCGCCUGUCGAUGUAAUUACAAGACUCAUUGGACGAGAUGAGGUUGGUUAUCUUUUCGCAAUUCCUAUUUCUAGUGGUUAAUUCAUGUCAAGAGUUUUGGCAACAUUGGGGGAAUGUUUCUUGUACGUCAUGGGCAGACAGCUGCCACGAAUCAAAGAACUUUUCGUCCGUUCAAAUAUUUGAUCAAUCCUUAUCUGUCAAGUGCGGCGCGGAAACGAUUGACUCUGAUUUGAUGCGAUGUUUGGACGUUAAAAAUAUACAAGAGAUAACAUUUACAGAUUGUUUUCUGUCGGGGAUUGACUUUGGAGUAUUCACUUUCGGGUAUAAAAUCGAACACGUCAAGAUAGAAUACACACUCUUCGUGCACGAAAGAGACUUCGAGAGCGCCUCGUUUAAUAACAUGUCCUCUCUGCGAUCUGUUGAAAUAAUAGACGUGAAGACGUCGGAACUUCUAAAUUUAACAUUUAGCAAUGUUCCGUCGCUGACUUCAUUGACCAUCAAAAACUACAACUUCACUUUAUUUCCGAACAAACCUUUCCGAGAGUUAAUUAAUCUUUCCGAAUUAUACAUCACGAAAGGCAAGUUAAGAGUUUUACCAGAAGAUCUAUUUUAUAAUCUUCACAAUUUGGAAAAACUGCGGUUAAUUCUGAAUAAAAUUGAAUCGAUUCAUCCACUUGUCUUUAAAAAUCUCGUCAAACUCAAAUAUAUGGAGUUAGAUUUGAAUAAAAUAAAAGAUUUACCCAGUGAUAUGUUGAAUGGUCUAUCUCACUUAAGGACAUUUAAUAUUAGUUGGAACCGACAAUUAUCAGAAAUUCCGUCCAGAUUAUUUAAUAAACUGUACAACUUGACUGAAAUUAAUGCACAUUAUUGUUCUAUUUCUACACUCGAAGAAGAUGUGUUUUCUGACUUGAUUAAUUUGAAAAUCGUCACUUUAAAUUCCAACCGAAUUGAACAUCUCCCACCAAAUCUUCUGAGAAAUAACAAACAGCUGACACGAUUUUCCUGUUCGUAUAAUAAAGUAGCGAAACUUCCGACAAAAAUUUUUCACGGACUUUCUGAACUGCGAGAGUUAGACUUGCGGGAAAAUCAGUUAGAAAAUCUUCCCGAAGAUGUUUUUCAGAAUUUGUCGUCAUUGCGAAGACUCGAUUUAUCAUUGAAUCGCCUAACUUUUUUACACGAAAAGAUCUUCCUCCCAUUGACUAGAUUAACGGAUCUCGAUCUAUCUUACAACAAUUUAACUAAACUUACUGGUAAGAUUUCUCUUGGUAGCAGCAAGUAUCUAACUUAUCUGAAUUUAUAUAAUACAGGUUUGAGACGAUGGCCGGUGAUAAAUUGGACACAAUACAACUUGACUGACGUGAUUCUCUCAAAUAAUAAUUUUGAAACCGUCAAAUUGCCAAUUUACACUCCAAAUCGCGUAAAAAUUUAUCUUUUUAAUUGUAAAAUAAGAACAAUUUACAUCGAUGACAGGCGAUAUGGAUUUCAAAUGCCGAUUUAUGAUUUAAAUAAUAAUAAAAUCACUUGUGAUCACAAACUGCAGCAAUUCAAUUUUGCCGUUAAAUCAAAUAUAGAAGUGGCAAAAAAAAUAUUUCCAGAUAUAAAAGACACGAAAUGUUUCGGAGAAGAAAGAAAUUUGCUUGACAAUACAUCGCUCGUAGUCAUAGGAAAUUAUUGUCCGAUAAAUUGCGAAUGUUCUGCACAAGAUCAUCACGUGAUGGUGAAUUGUUCCGGAAAAGGAAUCGAGCGAAUUCCCGAAGUUCUCCUUCCGAAUGCCACGAUUGUCGACUUGAGUAAUAACUACAUAAAGGAGUUGUCAAAUGUCGAUUGCGUGACGUGGAGAAACGUCACACAUCUUCGUCUGAGUAAUAACUCGAUAAGUAACAUUUCGGAUUAUGUUAUUUUACCAAACCUGAAAUGUCUCUUGUUGGACGGAAACCAAUUAACCCAAUUACCUUCCGGACUAAUGAACCUGAUCGACGUUUCUACGGAAUUUAAGAUUCACUUGUCCAGAAACAAUUGGACUUGCCAUUGUCAUUCGCGAAUUACUAAAGACUGGUUGCUUAGAAACAGUCAGAAGAUUGCAGAUUUCUCCGAUGUUUUCUGCACGAGAAAUUCGUCUUUUGUGUCUUUCACCGAAAUUAUUUCCAAUGAAGAAUGCACAGAAAUUGCAGAAAUAAGUUUGACAUCUUCAGUAAAUGAUUCGUCUUCGAUCGAAUAUACGAUUCCAGAGUUCUGUACUUUUGUUGAUUAUUUUUCGACAUAUUUACCACAGAUUCGUGUGUCGAAUGGAUUAGAACCGUCCUUAGACGAAAUGAGGUGGGUGUUCUUUUUUCAAUCCCUAUUUUUAGCAGUAAAUUCUUGUCAAGAGUUUUGGCAACAUUGGGGAAAGGUUUCUUGUCUGUCACCGGCAAUCAGCUGCUACGAAUCGAAAAACUUUUCCUCCGUUGAAAUAUUAAAUCAAUCUUUAUCCAUCAAGUGCGGCAAGGAGACGAUUGACUCUCGUUUGAUGAGAUGUUUGGAAGUUAAAAAUGUACAAGAGUUAACAUUUAGAGAUUGUUUUCUGUCGGGAAUUGACUUUGGAAUAUUCACGUUUGGACAUCGAAUCGAACACGUUAAUAUAUGGUAUCUAUCAAUCCUGUAUGAAAGAAACUUCGAGAGCGCUUCGUUUAAUAACAUGUCCUCUCUGCGAUCUGUGGAAAUACGAGGCGUGAAGACGUCGGAUCUUCUAAAUUUAACAUUUCGUAAUGUUCCAUCACUGACUUCAUUGAAAAUUGAACGAUAUAACUUUACUUUAUUUCCCAACAAAUCUUUCCGAGAGUUAAUUAAUCUUUCCGAAUUAUACAUCACUUAUGGAGAGUUAAAAGCUUUACCCGAAGAUCUAUUUUAUAAUCUUCACAAAUUGACAAAACUAGACUUAAGUAACAAUGAAAUUGAAUCGAUUCAUCCACUCGUCUUUAGAAAUCUCACCCGAUUGGAAUAUUUAUAUUUACAAUGGAAUCGGAUAAAGCAUUUACCAAAUGACAUGAUGAAAGGUCUCUUUAACUUAAGGACAUUUUCUAUUACUAAGAACCGAGAUUUACCAGAAAUCCCAUCCGGUUUCUUUAAUAAACUGCACAACUUGACUGAAUUUUCUGCAGGGGGUUGUUCUAUUUAUUCACUCGAAGAACACGUGUUUUCUGACUUAAUUAAUUUGAACAUCGUUGAUUUAAAUUCUAACAAAAUUAAAGAACUCCCGCCAAAUCUUCUAAGAAAUAACAAACUACUGACACGAUUUUUCUGCUCGUUUAAAAUAAUCUCUUCACUACCAACAGGAAUUUUUAGUGGACUUUCUGAAUUGCGAUCGUUAACGUUGCGGGGAAACCGGCUACAAAAUCUUCUCGAAGAUGUUUUUCAGAAUUUGUCGUCAUUGGAGACUCUUAUUUUAUCAGAAAAUCGCCUGACGUAUUUACACGAAAGCAUCUUCCUCCCGUUGACUAAAUUAAACGAUCUCGAUCUAUCUGAGAACAAUUUAACUAAAAUUAUUGGUGAACGUCCGUUUGGGAUCAGCAAACAUCUGAAUUAUCUGAAUUUAUAUAAGACAGGUUUGACACAAUGGCCGACGAUAAAUUGGACAGAAUAUAACUUGACUGAAGUGAUUUUUUCAAAUAAUCGUUUCGAAACCGUCAACUUGCCAAUUUACACUCCAAAUCGCCUGAAAUUUUAUCUGUCUAAUUGUAAAAUCAAAACAAUUUACAUCGACGACAGUCAAUAUGGAUUUCAAAUGCCGACUUAUUAUUUAAGUUUUAAUGAAAUUACUUGUAACUACGAACUACAACAAUUCGUUUUUGCCCUUAAAUCAAAUAUAGAAGUGGCAAAGAAAAUGUUUCCAGAUAUAGAGAAGACGAAAUGUCACGGAGAAGAAAGAAAUUUGCUGGAUAAUGCACCUUUCGUAGUCAUAGGAAAUUAUUGUCCGGUAAGUUGCGAAUGUUUUGGCAAACAAAAUCACGUGGUGGUGAAUUGUUCCGGAAAGGGAAUCGACCGAAUUCGCGAAGUUCUUCUCCCGAAUGCCACGAUUGUCGACUUGAGCAAUAAUUAUAUAAACGAGUUGUCAGAUGUCGAUUGUGUGACGUGGAGAAAUGUCACCCAUCUACGUUUGAGUAAUAAUUCUUUAACUAAUAUUUCUGAUUAUGUUCUUUUGCCAAACCUGAAAUUUUUGUGGUUGGACGGAAACCGGUUAACCGAAUUGCCUUCCGGAUUAAUGAACCUGAUCGAUGUUUCUCCGGAAUUUAAGAUUUACUUAUCACGAAACUACUUGACUUGCGAUUGUCAUUCGCAAUUUACUAAGGACUGGUUACUUAGAAACAGGCAGAAAAUUGCAGAUUUCUCCGAUGUUUUCUGCGCUAGAAAUUCGUCUUCUGUGUCUUUUAUCGAUAUUGUUUCUAAUGAUGGAUGCACAGAAAUUUUGGAAGUAAAUUUGGCAUCUUCAGUAAAUGAUUCUCCUUCGAACGAAUAUUGAUUGGAUGAAUUUAGUUCUGUUUCAAGAUGGAAAAUCGCAGUGGCUAUUCUUACUUCUCUAAUGUUAUUAGGUGUGGUUAUUGUCGUUUCUAUUGUUUAUUGUCGCAAGAAAAAAAAAUGUAGAGAAAGUGCAGGAAGAAGAAGUGUUUUAUUACAAUGUCUACACUUGACGAAUUUUCAA